AUUUGCGACCAGUACUGGUUACUUAGCCCCCUUGUUCUCCAACCGCCACUCGCGCCAGCAUUCGUCCUAUGGUCGGGAGUUUUUUUCCCGCCAUACGCGCUAUUAGUAGGUGUAGUUUAGUCUCUCUACACUAUGCUUCGUCUAUGCCUCUGCUCUCGCCGUUGCAACCUCCCCGUCUUUCGCGCUCUCGCUGGCGGCCUUUGCCCCCUCACUUUCUCCUCGUGCAACACAGCCACCCUCACCCGAACGAAACGGGUAACCAGCACGGCGACCGUCGCCACGACCCUCACCGCAACCACCAGCGGGGCGCGCGCUUCGUCGCGCAAAGCUUCCGCUUCCGCACUGUCCCCCCCCGGAGUUCCGCUCUCCGCGCAUUCCGCGCAUGCAGGGCCCUCGUCGCGCCUUCUCUCCGCGCACGCACCCCCGGCAACCCCAUUCUGGCGGCUUUUCCCCUCAUCCUCUCCGCGAAGCCCGUCCGCCAUGCGGCGUGACACUAACGCGCGUGACAGCAGCGGAUGCGCUGCGGCGGCUCCAGCGUUUACGAGCUCGCUACCAGAAGCCAUCCACGUCAGCGACUAUGUUCUCCACGAAUCAGAGCUCAAGAUCGUCGACGGGAAGCGAGAGGAGAUUAAAGCCCAGCCAAACACGUCGCUAGUGAUCCUAAACUUCAAGCUCCCGCUUUUCACGCCGAUUCUCUGGCAGCAAGCGGGUUCACUGCGCCUGUGCGCGGAUGGGGGGAUCAACCGGCUGUACGACGAGCUUCCAGGAAUGUUCCCCGGGGAGGACCCUGAUGACGUCAGACGAAGGUUCGUCCCUCACAUCAUCAAGGGCGACCUUGACUCCGCUCGGCCGCAAGUUCUGGCUUAUUACAAGCAGCUUGGUGCCGAGAUCGUGGAUAUGAGCAAGGACCAGGACACCACGGACCUGCACAAGUGCAUCAACCGCAUCCUGCUAGACACCGGCCAUGGCAGCUCCAUCACUCCGUCGCCCAUCCCUGCUUCCCCUUCCUCCCUCCCUGAGCCUACUGCUGUGCCUCAAACCUCUUCCACCACCACCACCACCAAUACCAACACCACCACCACCACCACCAACACCAGCACCAACGCCAAUGCCAACACCAACGGUGCCGAACCCACCAUCAUCACCCCUACACCAUCGUCGUCAUCUCCCCCCAACUCCACACCAGAUCCUCCCUCUUCUCCACCUGUCCCACAACUCCAAGAAACUUCCUCUACCACGCCCGUACCUAGACCCGAGCCUCCUGCUUUGCCUCUGCCGGACCAACCCCAGCCCAAAGCUCUUCUCCCAGCAAUGGUGGUUCGGCCGGACCACAGAGUGAUAGUGGUGGGGUCGCUGGGGGGGCGCAUGGACCACGAGUUUGGGAACGUGAACGUGCUCCACAGAUUCCGCCACGUCAGCAUCGUGCUGCUGUCGGAGGACUGCCAGCUGUUCCUGCUGCCAGCUGGCUGGCGCCACGUCAUCACGCCUCACCCCCAGUGGGAGGGGCCGCAUUGUGGGUUGAUCCCCGUGGGGGAGCCAUCUCAUGGCACGACGACAAGCGGAUUGAAGUGGAAUCUGUCAAACACACCUAUGCGGUUCGGUGGUUUAGUCAGCACAUCGAACCUUGUCGUUGCGCCAAGUGUCGUCGUUGAAUCUGACGUGGAUCUCGUCUGGACAUGCGCAGUCACAUACCCCCCUCCUACCAAGUAUUAGACUGAACCUUAGCUGCCAUAUACACGCUAGCCUGCCACUCUGUCCGUGCAUAUUGCUGGACAAACGCUAGUCGUAUAACCCCAUAGCAAGCAGUAGUAUAGUGUUUACGUACCACUAGUACUAACUUGCACGUUGUGAUUAAUCGUCAGCCCAUAGGGCCGCAAAUUGGAGAAAGUUG